AUGACGGACUCCUUCCCCGCAGCCUUGACAGGGCCAACGUCGAAGGAGCGCAAGUAUGACCGCCAGCUUCGUCUGUGGGCGGCAACUGGCCAGCAAGCAUUGGAAGAUUCCCGUGUGCUUAUGGUGAACUCGGAUGGCCCUCUCGGCCACAACAACACGGGUGUGUCCGGCGUUGCGGGCGUUGAAACCCUCAAGAACUUGGUACUGCCUGGCAUCGGUGGCUUUACCAUCGUCGAUCCAGCCACUGUCACAGAGAGUGAUCUCGGUGUUAAUUUCUUUCUGGAAGAGGAGUCCUUGGGCAAGUCUCGCGCCGAAGAAACAUGUCGUCUGUUGAGAGAACUAAACCCGGAUGUGCAGGGAUAUUUCUAUUCCAAGAACAUCACGGAUCUUCUGCAAGAUCCGGACUUUCUGCCCCGCCACAAGCUGGUGAUUGUCUCUGGGCCAACCAAGCGCUCCUCCCUGGCACCUCUCUGCCAUGAAGCCAGGCAACUGGGAAUCCCGGUUCUCUAUAUACACUCAGUCGGAUUCUUCUCAUCAUUUUCGGUGCAGCUACCAGCCGAAUUUCCCAUUGUUGAGACACACCCGGAUCCAGAAUCAACCCAAGAUCUCCGUUUGCUAAACCCAUGGCCUGAGCUUGUCGCUGCCGCGACCAAAUUGAGUGAUUUGAAUACCUUGGAUGACCACCAACAUGGCCAUGUGCCCUACAUUCUUCUGCUGCUCCGCUUCUUGGAACAGUGGAAACAAUCUCAUGACGGCAAUGCCCCAGGCAAUUACAAAGAGAAGACCGAGUUCAGAGAAUUUGUCCGAUCCCAGGCCCGAACUAGCAACCCCGAAGGUGGCGAAGAGAACUUUGAUGAGGCAGCCGCCGCAGUGCUGAAGACCAUCUCCCCAUUCAGUCUGCGCAGCUCAAUUCGCGAGAUUUUCGACAUGGACGAAUGCAAGCAAUUAUCACCAACAUCCCAAGAUUUCUGGAUUAUCGCUUCAGCAAUCAAAACCUUUUACGAGUCUCACUCCGUUCUCCCCCUGCCGGGCUCUCUCCCAGAUAUGAAAGCCCAGUCCGCAGACUACGUCUCCCUCCAAAACAUCUACAAGGCCAAGGCACGCCAGGACGUCGAAGAAGUAACAAAAACAGUCCGCCAACUUGAAUCACAACUCGGAAGACAAACUCCCGCAAUCCUCGACCGCGAAAUCGAAGUCUUCUGCAAGAACGCAGCACACAUUAAGGUUGUACGAGGCCGUUCCAUCCCCCAAGUCAGCAUCGACAGCGACAUGGCAACAUGGAAGGCAAUCCGGAACCAGCUGAGCAUGCCAGACUCACUAAUGCCAGCCUUCAUUGCUUGCCAGAUUCUGGACUCAGUCGUCGAUGAGAUCCAGUCAAAUGGCCAGGAGGAGAAUCUAUCAGUCGACGAUUCCGACCUGUGGAACAGCCACACACAGCGUAUCUUGACAUUGUUGAAUGGUGCUAAUGGGAAUGGAAUGGGUGAAGAUGCCAAACAGCAAAUCACUGAUGCAAUUCAGGAAUUGCGUCGUGCUGAGGGUGGUGAAUUGCAUAAUAUUUCAUCGCUUACGGGUGGUCUUGUUGCGCAGGAGGCCUUGAAGGUUUUGACUCGGCAGUAUGUCCCGCUGGAUAAUACCUGUGUCUUCGAUGGAGCACGCAGCCGCAGUGAGAUGUACCGUCUAUAA